AUGGGCAACACCGUCACCUGCUGCGUAUCCCCGGACGCCAGCCCCAAGCUCAGCCGGGCCCGCGGCGGCGGCGGCGGGGCAGCGCCGGGGCCUGAUCGCUGGGCGGACGCGUACCAGGCGGCGGCGGCGACAGCGGGCGGCGGCGGCGGAGGCUCGGGGUCGGCGGAGGCCGAGUCGGGGGACUCGGAUCCCGGCGGCGGCGGCGGCCCCCACCUCCAGCACAUCAGCGACCGGGAGUUCCCGGAUGAUUUAGCCUUGGAAUCUAAUCCAUCUGAUCAUCCCAGAGCAAGCACAAUUUUCCUGAGCAAGUCACAAACAGAUGUGCGAGAGAAGAGGAAGAGUAACCAUAUAAAUCAUGUUUCUCCUGGGCAGCUUACGAAAAAAUACAGCUCAUGCUCAACAAUAUUUAUAGAUGACAGCACCGUCAGUCAGCCUAACCUUAGAAGCACAAUAAAGUGUGUAACAUUAGCAAUAUUCUACCAUAUAAAGAACAGAGAUUCUGACAGAUCAUUGGAUAUUUUUGAUGAAAAAUCCCAUCCUCUCACACGGGAAGAGGUCCCAGAUGACUACUACAAGCAUGACCCUGACCACAAGCACAUUUACCGGUUUGUUCGGACGCUCUUCAGCGCUGCACAGCUGACAGCAGAAUGUGCAAUAGUGACUCUGGUUUAUUUGGAAAGGCUUUUAACCUAUGCAGAGAUUGACAUAUGCCCUAGUAACUGGAAGAGGAUAGUUCUAGGAGCUAUUCUGCUGGCUUCUAAAGUCUGGGAUGAUCAAGCUGUGUGGAAUGUGGAUUAUUGCCAAAUACUGAAGGAUAUUACUGUUGAGGACAUGAACGAGAUGGAAAGACACUUCUUGGAGCUACUGCAGUUUAAUAUCAAUGUUCCUGCCAGUGUUUACGCCAAAUACUACUUUGAUCUUCGCUCCCUAGCAGAUGACAAUAACCUGAGCUUUCUGCUGGAGCCUCUCAGUAAAGAGAGAGCACAGAAGCUGGAGGCAAUCUCCCGGCUGUGUGAAGACAAAUACAAAGACUUGUCAAAAGCUGCUAUGAGACGAUCGUUCAGUGCUGAUAACUUGGUUGGUAUCCGCCGUUCUAAUGCCAUCCUCUCCUGAGGAGAGAGCGAGGUGCAGCACCAGGAAGCAGCAUCCACACCAAGCGGAGGGAUCCACCACUCCAUGCACACAGGCCAGCGGUGAUGGUGUCUUCCAGCAAGAGGAAGCGAGGAGAGCCACUCAGCCAAGGGAGCCCAGAGCUUGAGGAACAUGCUUGGUGCAAAAGACAAGACAAAUCAAAUCAAAUCAAAUCAAGUCAAAUCAACUCUCUCCUCCUUCUAAUGUAUCCAGAGGUGCAAAAACAAACUUAUCUCCUUCUCUCCCCUACAGAUGUUUGCUUACUAUGUAGGCCUAUAGCUGUGAACUCUUGAGGUUUUUAAUAAUAAGUAGUUUUAAAUUUUAGAAUUUAAACACUAACCACAUGACUAUAGUUACAAUGUUCUUCCCUCCUCUCCCCUGUCAUCCAGAGUCUCACUGCAUUUGUAUUUCAGGUCAAUGCAGUGUUAACAAAAACAACACAUGGGACUCUUAAAAGUAUAAAGCCACUCUGGAGCUGAAAACAGUAGCAUAGACUCGUGUUGAUGGCUUUUCCCUGGUUUGGCUACUAAAAGCUGCUAUUAUUGGUGAUGUGUUCAUACCAAGAAGCUGCCCAGCAGGAAGGAAUUCCAUCUCUGCACCCACAACUUCACUCCAGUAAAGAUUGUCAAAAGACUUUGAAUGUUUUGACUGGGGGCAGAGAUACGGUUUUAUGUAUUGUUAAAAUGUAUAGGGUCCAUGCUGCAUUUCUUGUGAAUUAUGGUGCUUCUCUCAUUUUCUAAUACUUAUAUUGCUCUGGAAGAGAUGUAAUCUGUGUAUUUUUCUGAGGCAUUGAAUGAAGAAGUUGGUCUGGAAACAUCAUCACCAUCCCAAACAGUGUAGCAAUCCAGUGGUGAAUGGCGUGUGUGCAGCACUGCUUCUCUGAGUUCUACUGCAGAUCUCUUGUGCUAUAUACAGUGAGUUCCUAAAGCUGAUAUUGUGCAUCCAUCUGGCUCUCCUUGGGUUUCAGUUUCCUGGGAGGAAGUUACAUUCAUAAUGAGACAAUAAUGAGUUUGAGAAUCCUGGACUACCUAUCGAGGUAGAUGGAAAAAAAAAUGUGUUCAACUGAGAAUUAUCAAAAAGCUUUCUAUAAACUUUUUUUUUUUCCCCAAAGUGAAUUUUAUCUUGUGCAACUGCUCUAGAGGCUUGGGGUUUGUUCUUUCUGAGACUUUGGAACAGAGCUUACUUUCAAGCUCUGAAACUGAACUCUAAACAGGAUAAGUAUUAUUAUAGACUCUUCCUGUUACAAGUCUUUGUAGUAUCUUCCCUUCUUGGAUCCAAAUAGGUUCUAGGCAGUGUCCUAGGAGCAGAUCUCCCUCUGAAUGACACGGGUUUUGUGCACUUCCUCUUACAGCCAAGGCCCAGAAAUUUACACUGAACAAGUCCAUCUGCCUUUGGGAGUGGGGCUGUGUGAGUGCCACCAUCAGUGUGGCUGCACUCAGCUGUUCAAAUGAUGCAUGCAGCCUUUUGCAGUGUGCAAACGUGCCAGCCCCUGGCUCCCAAACCCACGGAACUUGGCACUUCAGGUAUUGAUCUCAAUUCAAUAUUGAAAAUAACACUACAUCUUCAGGUGGUUUUCCUUUCUCAUGUUUGUAUUAAAAGAAAAGCUAAUAAACUCUAUUUUAAUUAAAGUUAAAGGUGAAGAGUCUGUUCUGUACAGUUGUUGGAUUCCACUGCCCGUCAUAAAAGGAAAAAACCAAAGACAAACACCUCAAAAAGUGGUGUUUGUUAAGGCCUCUCCCUUCCCCACACCAGCCUACCCACCUUCAUUUGGUCCCCAUGGGCCGGCAAUGCCUGGGUGCAGUGAAGCCUUGCAUGGCUGCCCAGAUCUUCCCACAUGGUCUUUGGAUUUAGAACUUGACUCGGGCUGCUCAAAUAAACCACUCACUGACA